AGUAUAUCCAAAAAAGCGAGAAAAGCCAACAAAACCCGUUCUCGUACAGGCAAUUCUAACGCAGCCCUCAUCCCAUCCUGAAAACGUUCCUCCAUACAAGAAGAAGAAGGAUCGGAUUUACAGUACCAACUAGAAAGUCCAGUUCGACCAUAAGAGAUGUCACAGGAGCAUGAAAAUAAGCGGGCAGUGCUCGUGCUGCCCAAUGAUCCGGCGUACAACCAGCGGCGGCCUUACACCAGUGAGGAUGAGGCCUGGAAGUCGUUCCUGGAGAAUCCGCUCACAGCCGCUACCAAAGCCAUGAUGAGCAUCAAUGGAGACGAGGACAGCGCCGCCGCUCUGGGUCUGCUGUAUGAUUACUACAAGGUGCCACGGGACAAGAGAACAAUAUCCCAGCAAAAGACUGACGUCCUGGGCUCUGAUGUGGAUCCCAACAAAAGGAACAUGUUGACCCCUCUCCAAGAGACAUCUAUGCAGCUAGGGGACAACAGGAUCCAGGUUCUGAAAGGGGUCCCCCUAAACAUCGUCCUGCCAGGGAACCAACACGCCCAGGACAAGAGAGGUCUCUUUCCCAGCCCUGACACUACAGUGACUGUGUCCAUCGCUCCUGUGGCAAGCAACUCAGUGAAAACCGAGGGUCCAUCACAUGGUUUCUCAGUCACUGUCCCGAACCCCCACUGCGCAGAGCCAGACAGUCACACGGUGGUGUUCGACCGUCAGCUGCCCCACAACCAGUUCAGCCCAAACACACAGCCACGCACACCAGACUCCACCUUCCCAGAAAACCCAGAUGUGUUCUCGUUCCCAGGGGAUCUCCAGUUACGCAUGGGCCCCAUCACACAGGACGACUACGGCACUUUCGACACAGUGUCCGGGAAUAAUUUUGAAUACAUAUUAGAAGCCUCCAAGUCACUCAGACAGAAGUCCGGUGAUGGCACCAUGACGUACCUCAAUAAAGGCCAGUUUUAUCCAAUCACACUCAGGGAAACCGACAAUGGUAAACUGCUGCAGGGGCCCAUCUGUAAAGUCAGGAGUGUGGUGAUGGUAGUGUUUGGAGAGGAGAAAUCCAGAGAUGAUCAACUGAAGCACUGGAAAUACUGGCACUCAAGGCAGCACACAGCCAAGCAGAGAUGCAUUGAUAUCGCGGACUACAAAGAAAGUUUCAACACCAUCAGUAAUAUUGAGGAGAUUUCAUACAAUGCCAUUUCAUUCACAUGGGACAUCAGCGAGGAAGCAAAGAUCUUCAUCUCGGUGAACUGCCUGAGCACAGACUUCUCGUCUCAGAAAGGAGUGAAAGGCCUGCCGCUGAACAUACAGAUUGACACCUACAGCUACAACAACCGCAGUAACAAGCCCAUCCACCGCGCUUACUGCCAGAUUAAAGUCUUCUGCGACAAGGGUGCCGAGCGCAAGAUUCGUGACGAGGAGAGGAAACAGUCCCGGAGGAAGGGCAAGUGUCCUGACGUCAACCCUCCUUUGGGAAACUUCGGGGCAGAUGUCAAGGUGCCUCUCCUGCACAAGCGCACAGACAUGACACUUUUCAGGACAUUGACGGAUUUCGAGACGCAGCCUGUCCUUUUCAUCCCCGACAUCCACUUCUCUACCUUCCAGCGACAUGCGUUCACAGCUGAGGAUUCAGAGGAGGGCUCAGCUAUGAAGAGAUUACCUUAUACUGAGGAGGAGUUUGGAUCGCCUCCUAAUAAACUGGCACGGAUGGAUGAGCCCAAAAGAGUUUUGCUGUAUGUGCGUCGGGAGACGGAGGAGGUGUUUGAUGCCCUCAUGCUAAAAACUCCCACUUUGAAAGGCCUUGUGGAAGCGAUUUCAGAGAAGUAUGAAGUUUCUCUUGAGAAGAUCGGAAAGGUCUACAAGAAAUGCAAGAAAGGAAUCUUGGUAAACAUGGACGACAACAUCAUCAAGCACUACUCAAACGAGGACACCUUCCAGAUCCAGAUGGAGGAGAUGGGAGGAAUGAUCAAGCUCACGCUGACAGAGAUUUGAGUGAUUUUUAGCUUCUUCUACAGACUGGUUUACACACAUCCCUCUCCUCUCAUCUUUCACUAUAGUCUAAUGAACAGGGGGCGAACUUGUAUAUGCGAACUUAAGUACUUUAAAAUACUUCAGGUAUAAGUACUUAAACCGAGUGGUCAGCUUGAUAUCAAAAGGACAUUAAAAAAACAAGUCAAAAUUGCUAAUGGAUUCGAUGUCAAUACCUUGACGUCUAUUUGACAUCCACACAUUGAUGCCUUUUUGACCACCAAAAUAACGGCACAAAAGUAUUAUAAUAUAACAUAAUCAUAUAUAAUAAUAUGAAAUCUUUAAUUGCACAUUCAAAAUGUACACUGGAUUUUGUAUCCCUACAAUACAUGUAUAAUAUCUUGAUGUCAAAUCUACGUCAAAUUGACAUCUAAUAUUGGUGUCAAAGAUCAAUGAAAGGGCUGUCCUGUAAUCAAUAUUUGACACCAAUGUUAAAUCUCAAUAUGAUGUUGUUUACAUGCAUUGAAACACCAUUCAGAUAUAUAAAAGUUCUCUUAUUAUACUGUUUGUGUUACUAUUAUCCAAAGGCCAUCAAUGUGUAGAUGCCAAAUAGAGGUCAAGGUUUUGACAUCAAAUCCAUCUGCAUUUUUGACGUGUUGUUUUGAUGUCGUUUUGACAAAGGAGUCUGCUGGGAAUGAUAUGAGCCAUAUUUUCAAUUUUUUCCAUGAGUAUAAACAAACAGCUAAUUUCUCAAUUGUAUAGUGACUCUGAAAGAGGUCAUGAAAACAAUUUACUCUUAGUUUUCCUGUUUAAAUUCAUAGCACUGGAGAUGCUGAUCUCUAAAGGAUAAAUGAAUAGGGUGUAGAGAGACUGGUUUGGGGAAUCCUCAUCGCUUCACUGUAUUGUUAUCAAUAACCCUUCACAGUAUUUAGUGAGUACAGUAUAUACAGUAUGAUCUCUUGUUCAAUGUCACAAGCACUUUGUGCAUGUGGACAUGGAGUAAGGGAACAAAAAACUUUUUUUUAUUAUUAUUAUUAUAAACACCUAAUAACUUUUCAGCUUUAAACUUUCCUCAUUCCUAAUAUGAACAAAUAUGGUCCAUGCAGCAGGCCCUCGGAUGAAUCCUUCAGGAGCUGUUUUCAAAAUGUGAUCCAUGGAUAAUCAGUGUAAACGUUUGUUUUUGAAAGAAUAAGUGCGUAAUUCUGUAUUGUUGGAGAAUGAACUGUGAUGCUUCACAAACAUGCCAAGAAACCCUGCAAAUAACAUCAAUUUGCGAUUGCAAGUUAACAGUUGCAGUAAAAACUAUUGUGAAAAAUUUAAAUAUCAGUAUAAAAAAUAUAAAUAUAACCUAUCAGUUGGGUUGGUCUAUAUUUUACCCAAAUUUGGGAUAUUAAAACCCAGCAUUUUUAGAGUAGCUACCGCUUACAGUAUCAAAAUAUACAUGCAGGGUUGGUUUAUUUAACAGAACUAUAGCUUAGAAUUACUAUAAUACUUGCUAAAAUUGAAACACAGAAUUACUAGACAACAGUAUUAAUCAAAAGAUGAACAUUUAUUAAUAAGAGACACCAAUGGGCAGAAAUAGAAUGUUUGGUAACACUUUAGUUUAGGUCACAAUUCAUGCUAUUAAUAAACAGCUAAUAAGUGCUUUAUUAAGCUGAUAGUGUUA